AUGAAGCUUGUUGUUGUAGGCGGAACCGGCCUGGUGGCUACGGAAAUCAUCAGACAGAGCCUAAGGGUGCCCGAGAUCACCUCUCUUGUCGCACUGGCUCGGCGACCAGUACAGCUCGAUGCUGAUACUUCUGAUGCGUCCAAGUUCGAAAGCCUUGUCGUCCGCGACUACGCUCAUUAUGCAGAUUCGGUCAAGGCGGCGCUAGCUGGAGCAGAUGCCUGUAUUUGGACAGUGGGAAUCACACUGGGCCGGUCCAACACCUACGACUUUGCCGAGGUCAAGCACGUGUGUCAGGACUGUACUAUGGCAGGACUUGAGGCGCUGAGAGAGGCGAACUCUGCCGCACCGAAGCCUGUCAAGUUUGUCUAUUUAAGCGGACAUGGGAUCUCGCAGGAUUUCACUACAAAACCUUUCAUAAUGGGCGAAUACCGUACCAUGCGCGGCCAAACAGAGAAAAUGGUGCAAGAUUUCGGCCGAGACCACAAGGAAGUUGAAGUCCAAAUAGUCCGCCCCGGGAUGGUGCUGUCCUACAUAAACGUAUGGAGGACCCUGCAGGCGAGCAUGGUUCGGGCCAGCAACUACGUCACAAGCUCCGUCGCUAAUGUUGGUCGGGCGGAGCUGUCUGCCGCAUUGCUGGACCAGUGGUAG